CUGAGAGAAGUUUUUAGACGCAUUGCAACGCUACCAAAAGAAUAAUUCUAUUCAAUUCGUUACGAAUGGCUGUUUGGUUGUCCAUGGUUUUGUUUGAACUGACAGUAAGCACGCUAUAAAAUGUCAUGUGUACCGGAGUGUUUGCUUUAAGCAUGCUCUUUCAGAAGCAUACUUAAAACUAGCAUGCUUAUAUCUAGCAAAUGUAGACAAGUGCAGAGCAUGCUCGAAACAAGUAUGCUAAUGAGCAUACUAAAAAGUAUGCUACUAACUAGCAUGUGUAACUGUACCAUUACCCUAUCAAGUGUUUAAGAAUGAUGCCAUGCCUAUUUUAAUUUCUUUGUGCAGCGCAUAAGACUUAUUAUUGCGCAUCCUAUCAAGACGAUAGUCUUUUGACUUCGACAGUUCAGCAGGUUGUAACCUGUCGGCGUCGGCACGCGCGAAUGUUAGUUUACGUGCUCUAUUACUUGUCACUUUCUUUGGAAUCCGCAGUCUGCACACCGGACAGUCACGUUUACGUAUGUGAAUUAUUGUAAUUAAAUUAAUAAUAAAGUGAAUUGCCGUGUGAAAAAUGGCUCCGACUAGAAAAGACGCAGUUCAAAUCGUUACUUUCAGUACGAUAUAGAAUCAAAUACGAGCACUUGUGAAUUAUGCAAAAAUAAAAUAAAAGUGAGUUACUUUUAUUAUUAUAAUUAUAAUCAUUAUCAUCAUCAUAUGGCCAAAGUAUGUGUGGUGGGGCAAGAAAGUGUUGUUUUAAAAUAGCUUAGUGUUUUAGCUAAAAAAAUAGAAAAAUAAGUUUGUAUGUAACUCGGUCACACAUUUUAUAUUUUGUAUGAAUGUUGAAUAUAUGACUAACAAAAUUGGUGGAAGGGUUUGUUUACUAAAUUACAGAGAUAAGAACAUUUAGACAUAAAAUUAAAUUGAUAUUUAUAUGAAAGUGAAAUGUGUCAAAUUAUAAAAAGUCGUUAAACAAAUGUUGUUGUUUAUGAUGUUAGUUACCUAGUCCUGCAAGGUUGUUGAUGCAUUAAAAUUUACUCUGUCCUAUAUUAUGAUAAAUGUUGGAAGUAUCGUACUUAUUAUUAUUCUCACUGUUUUGUUUAAUUUUAUGUUCUAUUGAAAUUCUUGAUAACAUGAAGAGUUUUUAAUUCUAUUUCAGGGGAAACAUACAACAAAUUUAAAAAAUCAUAUUGCCACCAAACAUUCUAAUGAGUAUCAAGUUGUUGAAGAUUUAAAUACCAAAAUCAUAAGCAAAAAUAAGUCUAGUUCCUCUGAUAAAAUCGCAAUAGCUAGGAUUGAUCAAUUGAAAAAACUCUGUGUCCGACUUGUAACAAUAGGGAAAAUGCAAAAAAAAUUAAAUGGCCUAAAAUAUUUUUUUCUCGAAUACUUAUUAUCGUCAUAUUAUAAUGAAAAGGUUUAUUUUUUAUUUACUUAUUAUUUAAACCCCUAAAAUAAUAAUCAAAAAGCGCAAAAUAAGUGAGCGAAAUUCAAACUUCCAAAACGCGCCACCAUUGGUCGAACGAAAUGUGACGUCAUCUGACACGACAUUGCAUUCAUCAGCGUCGAAACUCAUAUACAAGUUUUUGUGAAAAAAAUAAAUAAUUUAAACCUGUUAUCUUGUGCUGAUUGUAAUAAAGUUUAGUUUAGAUUUGUAGCGAAUCUAAGACGAUGACUGAAGCUGGUUUUGUCAAAGCACAAUCGGACAAUCUACCGAAAAUAGAUGCAUUUAUGAUGACAGCAUAUUUUGCAUCAAAUCCCGAUUUUACGAGCGCAGAGAUCAGAGGAGUGAAAGCUGCAAGGUAAUUAUUAUUGUUUUUCAUAUACUUAAGACCAUAAUAUAGAUUUUUAUCCAUAAAUGCACACAGCAGUUUACUUAUAAUACACCAAAACAUAACCUAUACAUAUCCAGUUGUCAUUACUCUGAAACUCUUAUUUUACGUCUAUAUAUACAUGUUUUAUAUUUGAAGUUCACCCAAGUAGUCCACCUUUGACUUUGUGUAUCUGACAUAAAUAUAUAAUGAUUUAAUGUUUAUAAAUUGAUAACCUAAUUUACGUGGGCUGUUUUCUUUGAGUGUUUAUAAGUACUUGUCUAUUUCAGGUCUAAACGAGAAUCUUACGGUGAUUCAGCAGUUGGAUACGUCCAAGUAAAACGAGAUGGAGACAUAUGUGUUGUUAAGGCUCGGAUUACACCUGAACAUAAUGUGCGACAAAAAUGUUAUGCUGUUAUUUGCACCUGCAAUGAAACAGAGGAAACUAUUAUCUCUGUUCAAUGUGAAGAUUGUGCUGCACAUUUAGGUAAUUAAGUUUUACUUGUUAAGCUUCAGUGACCUGCACUUAGGAACUUGAUAUUUUCUAUUAACAUUUAAGUCGAUUCAAUUCGUGUAGUAAUUGUUUUGUUUUUUUAUUUCUCUUGUUUUAGGUGGAUGUAAGCAUGCUAUAGCUUUUUUAGUAUGGCUACAUUGGCGCAGUGAAGAUCCAUCAUCAACGAAAUUAUCAUCAAUUGGUACUAGCCAGAAGUUUAUUAAAGCCAAAAAAUGUAUGAAAAGCCUAAACAUGAGCUCGUGCCAACAUCUUUGAAUACCGAAAGUUUUCUCACCGUAGUUAAAAAUCAUUGCACUUUGGUUGGUGAUACAAAUAAUCAUUUGAUGAGGUUUUAUAGAGCGCCAAGCACUGUAGAAAAAUUGUCAAUGCACCAUCUUCAAUCUACAAGCAAAGCUACAAACCCUCCUGAUUUUAUAGAAUAUUGCAAACUAAUAAUGACUGUAGAUGCAUGCAAAGAAGCUGCAACAGCUACUUUGGAACAGAAUGACUGCCCAUUGUGGCACGAGUUGAGGUAUGGAAGGAUCACAGCUUCAAAAGCUUAUGAUGCUGCACAUUGUAAUACUUUUGAUGGAACGUUAACGGAGACCAUUUUGGGAGCAAGUAAAUUGAGGGACACGGAGGCUAUGAAAAGGGGUAGACUGUUGGAAAGCCAGGUUUUAAAGGAAGUAGAAAAAAUUUGUAAAAUAAAAAUAAAUAAAUGUGGAUUAAAGUUAAAUAGUGAAUAUCCUAUUAUGGGUGCUUCUCCAGAUGGUGAAAGUAGUGUGUAUAGUAUAGAAAUAAAAUGCCCAUCAGAAAAAGCAAUGGGACGAUAUGUCAGUUCAGGAAAUAGCGUGACUGCCAAAUACAUGGCACAAGUGCAACUGCAGAUGCAUUUUUCUAAUAAAGCACAGGCACUAUUUUGUGUUGCUCAUCCAGAUUUUGAAAAAACAAAAAAAAAAAAUCUUAGAAGUCAACUACGACCAGCAACUUUUUGAAAAUUUGUUAGAAAAAUGCAUCAUUUUUUGGAAUAAAGCUAUCUUUCCUAAACUAUGUUUAAAUAGAUAGAUUUUUUUUGUUUAAUGUAUUUGUUAAGUACUGAAUUUUGUUUAUAUUUGAUUUCUGUCUAAUUAUUGUCACCUGUUUUCUUUAUGCUAUGAAAAAAAACAAAUGUAAAUAUAUAUUCAUUUUUUUAUUAAAACAUCCUGCAUAUUUACCAAUCCACAAGCUACUAUUAUUUCAUCAUCUAUGAUAGGAAUUAAGUUAUAGUCUACACAAGCAUGGGGAAGUAACAUAUGAAACUCUCUUAACCUAUUUAUUACCCGUUCAACAUGUAUUCUUAAUGCUGCUAUACGUUUUGAUUGUUUCACUUCAUUUUUAGUACUGGGGGUAGACUUUGAUACAGAAGGUGGUCGUAUAAGGGUACAUCUUUUAGCUUCUAGCAAACAUGAUAAGUCUUUAAAACCCCUGUCAGCCAUCACUGCUUUAUUAGGAGGUAAAACCUGUAAGUAAUUACUAUCUUGUACUAUCAUAACAUCAGUAGCCCUACCACCAUAUCCAUCAGAGAUAAAAUUGAUCAAGCCAUCAGGUGUACAUGAAAUUAAAUGCUUUAAGGAGUACAUUUUUUAUACUGUGACCAAGUAAGUGAUUGGUGAACGGCAUUUGAUGGUUUUUCAACCUGAAUUUCUAGGCAAUCAAUAAUGGACACGACAUUUGCAUACCUACACCUAAAAGAUAUGGGUAAAUUUUUGUAAAUAUCUGAUGAUGCUGGCCACACAAUCAAGUCCUUAAGUUUUGCUGCCAUAAGAGAAAUACUUCUAGAAAAAAUUCUACAAAUAGUACUUUGUGAACAUCCAAACUGUUGUGCCAAGAUGCUAAAGGACUCAUUUAAUUUAAUUUUCUUGAGGGUUAUUAAUAUGUGUUUACUAGGAAGCGGAAUAUUAUCACUUAAAAGAUUUAUUAAAUGAUAUGAUUGUUUAGGUAAUCCUAACAACAUUUUGGCUCUUUUUCAAUAGCAGUUAGCAUGCUACUACACAUUACAUUUUUAAACUGUUUUUUGUCCUCUGAAUCAUUUUGCACUUCGCUUGACUCAGAUUGAUACCUUGGUUCAUAAUCAACAGAGGUCAAAGAAGAAAAAGAUGACAUAGAAAUAGUAUCCGCUGUGUUUUCAGUAAACAAUUUUAUUUUUAAAACAGAUAGUUUAACAGGUGAAGUUCCUAUAUUUCGUGAUACAAGAGAAAAUGGUGACAAUGCUACAUUUUGUUUUUCAAUAGGUAUAUUCACAUUGACACCUUUACUUCUAUAGUUCGGUUUAAUAUUCACUUGCACAGCUUUGUCACAAUGCGAUUUCUCCUCAAUAUGGGAAGUGACAAGCUCUACCUGAAAAUCAUCACAUCCAAUACGGGAAGGUCCUGGUUGAUCACAGACAUUUGUGUGGGAAGUACUUGGACUUGCUUCGUGAUCAAUUAUUUGUGAAGGUUCACUAACAACACUACUUUUAAAAGCUAUCUCUGAUGAAAGGGCUUUGCCUUUAACUUCAGCCAUUCUCUCCUUCUGUAAUGGCAUCCUCCGUUUUUGACACAAAAAUAUAUGAGGCAAAACUCCUUUCUUCAACCGUAGAGUCCGUUUUUCUCCUUGCUCUUUCAUUAAAUUGUAUUCAAUAUAAUUUUCUGUAUCUUCCUUAAGCUGGAAUAAAACAACAACCAUAAAAAUUUCGUAAAACC